CCUCACCUCACCUCACUGUCAUAUCUCCUUAAAUCCUACCAGCAUCUACUUGACUAUCUGACAUGGCAAUGAAUAGGGUUACCAAGAAGAUAAGCUACUGGUUUAACAACACGGUACAUGUGAACUUGGACCCAUCUACCUCAAAACCGUUCAUUCAUAUAAAGAAACGCAAUUUAAAAGGAGAGAAAAGCUUAAGUCUAACGCCGGAGGCAUUCAAAGCGCUUGUUCAGAAGCAGGAAGAGAUACUGGAGGUUGUAGAAGACCUAGAGCUGGUCAACUGUUGCGAUCCUGAGGUGGAUGGCAUCAAUCGAACACAUCCGUAUAAAAGACCCGAUUCGAUGAUAAGACCUGUCUCACCACCACCUGGAACAGAAUCUGCCAAGUCAAGACCAAGCUGUAGCGGAUACACGCAUGUUGAAAAUGGGAGCAAACACAACAUCAUCAACAACAACAACAUCGUUGCACAGAACGGAUGCGUGGCUCCCACACCUAUGACAAACCCAAACACCACGCAACCUUGGAAUGGAUACACGCCCUCUGAACCUCUGCCGGGCGGAAACAACCCACAGCCGUGGAAUGGAUACACGAGGUCAGAACCUCUGCAGUGGAACGUAUAUACGACCUCCCAACCUCUGCAGUGGAACGGAUAUACGACCUCCCAACCUCUGCAGUGGAACGGAUAUACGACCUCCCAACCUCUGCAGUGGAACGGAUAUACGACCUCCCAACCUCUGCCACGACCUCCCAACCUCUGCAGUGGAACGGAUAUACGACCUCCCAACCUCUAG